CUUAGGUUUGUAGUCAGUUAGUUGUACAUGUUAACAAAGACUUAUGUAAGGAGUUAAGACCAUCUCCAAUCUUAGGAGUAGAAAACCAAAUAACCUGCGUGUCUGCCCCAGCUCACAACAGGUAUGGCGGUUGUUGGGGGUUAAUGACUCUCUUCUUACCUGCGACCUUGGUUUUACAGCUUGGCUAGAGUCACACAUUGGGAGUGACCAGGAAGGGCUUCUCUUUGGAGUGGCGUGCUGAUACCUCUGAAAGAGACGGCACGAGAAGACUUUCCACAAUUUGACUCAGGAAGAUCACAUCCUGGCGCAUCGGAUCAGUUGUUGGACCAAUACUAUCCGCAAUGCGCAACUGAGUGACAGGGCAUCCCACGAUCAGACUCAGACGAAGACUUCGCAACAGCUUGCGUGGAAACCACCCCCGGCAGAGUGGAUGAGCAUCAACACCGACGGGUCGGUCAAGCAACCGGGCUCGCUUGCUGCAGCAGGAGGUUUGAUCCGAGACUGGACAGGACGUUGCGUGGACGCCUUCGUGGAGAAUCUCGGCGUAUGCACGAUCACCAGAGCCGAGAUCAAAGCGGCGAUUCGUGGCCUGCAGGUGGCGUGGAGGAAAGGCUAUCGCAAGGUUCACCUUCAAUUGGACUCUACCACUGCUGUCAAUAUCCUCUCCUCCCAAAAUCAGACAGAUCACAGGUAUUUCAACAUGGCCCAACAAUUCAAGGAGCUAGUUCAACAAAACUGGGAAGUUAAAAAUUUCCCAUACUUACAGAGAAUGCAACAAGGCCGUGGACUUCUUAGCCAAUAGGGGUCACGGUGUUAGCAUAGGUUUCCAUGACUUCAAGAUCGAUGAUCCAGGUUUGUCAUUUUGGACUUUGUAUGAUUCCUUGAGCAUUGCUCAAUCUCGUUUAAUUUAAGUAGCAGGCAGGGGCGCCCUUUUAGCGUCCCAUUUUUCGACAAAAAAAAAAUCAAAUAACCAAAAAUUA